GAUCGUCUAGCCCGUCACACUAAAUAGCUGAUUGCUCAGGUCAUUUUAAACAGAUUUUGGACAGCUUUAUUGAAUUGUAAUGCUCGGAACAGAGCUAUCUUCUAUGUCUGAAUUAGCGAAAAUGACCGCCGCGAGUCAAGCAGAGAGGACUGUGCUGGAGGAGGAAUUUACUUGGCUGCUGAAAGAAGAGGUGCAUGCGGUGCUGAAACAGCUGCAGGACAUUUUGAAGGAGGCUUCAAGGCGUUUUUCAUUGCCAUCACCAGGUCUGGAAGGACAACUGAAACAAGAGAACUUUAUUCUGGGCAGCUCAACGAUGGACCAGGUUAAAGGAGUCUUGACGGUACAAGGGGAAGCUCUGACUCAGGCUGAUAUUAAUAUCAAAGUCGCUAAAAGCAGUCAAGUCAUGCAUUUUGCAUUCCGAGAUGAUAAACAGUGGAAAUUGCAGCAGAUCCAGGAUGCCCGAAACCAUGUGAAUCAGGCCUUGCAGUUACUAAGCAGCCGUGAUGAGAGUUAUCACUUUAAAACUGGGGCUGAAGUCAAUAAGCUCAUGGAUGCGAUAAUGCUUCAGUUGACCCGAGCCCGUAACAGACUCACGACCCCGGCCAGCAUGACUCUUCCUGAGCUCGCGGCCAGUGCCCUGAUGAAAAUGUUCACACCUCCAAUGCCUGGGGAUGUGAUGGUGAACUUCUAUAUCAAUCUCAGUAAACUGUGUCUGACCGUGUAUCAACUACAUGUGCUGCAGCCUAACAGUACUAAGAACUUCAAAUCAGCAGGAAGUUCAGUAGUGCAUAAUCCAGGAGCAAUGUUCGAAUACAACAACACCAAGUUCGAGGUGAGCCACAUCCAUAAGGUGGAGUGUGUAGUGCCGUGGCUGAAUGACACACUGGUGUUUUUCACCAUUUCCCUGCAGCUCUGUCAGCAGCUCAAAGAUAAGAUUUCUGUCUUCUCUAGUUUCUGGAACUACAGACUGUUUUAAGCUAUACAGUAUCUGACCAAAACUCUAGAGUGAAUGAUAAUGAAAAUGAUGUAAUUAUUAUGCUUUAGGAUGCACUAGGAACAAAAAAAAUUCUGUGAACAAGUUCCAUGAUCUAUUGUGAAUUUACUAUAUGACCGAUGUAUUCAUUUUGUGUGCUUCUUGUUCAGUAUGUGUACUGCAGCAGAGAUAGUUUGCGUAGUUUAUGGACUGGAUGCAUUCAUUUGAAACAGGCUCUUCAGAUGAAGGUAUUCAGUGAUGUGUUUUUUGUGUUAAUGCAGUAUUUGUCAUUGUCAGUGUUGACUAUUUGUCAGUAAUCUUGCCUAUAUUGAAGCUUACCUCAUAUAAUGUGUUUAGGUUUAGAUAAUACACAAUGCUUUUGUUCUUAUUUGUCACAAAGCCAGUGAAAAUUUUCCAGUUCAUUUGUUGAGAGAUCCCUUCAAACUCAUUUUACCAGUGUUUAUUACUUUUAAUCCAGGGGCUUGUAAGUUUAACACUUGAACAUUAUUCAUCUAAUACCAGGGACUAUCAUCAAUGCAGCAAAGUAAAUAGCAUUGAGACCAUUAUCAUAUGCUUCUAAAUGUGCAUAAAUGACCAACAGUAUAUUUGCCACUGUGACUCAACUGUAGAAUGAUUAUAUUAACACUAAAUGACAGAUAACGUUGAAAGAUGUCAGGGCUUCAUAUUCCAUUAAAACUUUACACAUUCCUGAGGAUAUCUAAUAACCAUCAUUCUAUGAUUAAGAUAUUUAUCUGAUAAUGUUCAGGGUUUGUGAUUGUUACAGAAAGGGUUUAUCUGUGUUGGUAGUUAAUUUACUCUACUGUAAGCCUUGUUUAUUUAUUGCCACAUUUUUAUUUAUUUCAUGUUAAAUGCACUUAAUUUGA